UGCUCUUUGGACAAGCGUAGCAGUAAAUCUGGUUUCAUAACGGAAAUCACUGAGAAGUUGGCGAGGUUGGACUUACUAGAUUGAUAAAAGUGGUUCGUAGCUUUGAUAUUCCCGUUGAGAGUGGAGAAAACGACGAAUUGAAGUGAAAGUUGUCAGACUAAUUUUGAGUCUGUGAUUUGAUAUCAUCAAGAGUUGGAGUUUGGCCAUUGCAAAGUGGUCAUUGACUAUUGCACGUGGAGAAGGCUUGAAGGCGUGAGGCUGUGGAGCAUCAAUGACAUCCUCAUUUCCUUAUGGAUCUGGUACGUGUGACGUUGGCGUGUGGACUAGAGAAAUGGGCGUGGCAAUAGCUGUUGAAUGUCAUUCGACUGACGACUGUCAACGGCACCGAGUUCUUACUGCAAGCUCCAGACACUGAGACUGGAGAUAGUUGGGCUGAGGUGAUCGGUGAUACGAUACGACAGCUGGAGCAAGACAAAACGAUUGCAAAUCCAAUGGUUGCUGAAUGUGACAUUCGUUCAACUGCCAGGCCAUUGCUUGAUGCUCAUAAUAGUCGAUGAGGUUGAUAGCCGCCAUGCAAGACCCUGAUGCCGGCGUUCCACUCGGCGAGCACAAGAAUGGACUGAAAACAUACAAAGACUGUUUUGCUGGUGUGUUGUGUGUCUUAUCCUCAUCUAAGUUUACUUGCAUAAAAAUUUUGUUUGUUGCAUGUGAAGGUUGUGAGUUACUUGAGUGGUUGUUGUUGUGGUCGUUUGCCACAAUGAGGGAGGAAGGAUGUCAAUUAGCAAACAGUCUGUUGAACGAAGCGUAUCUUGAGCCGGUGGGAGGGUUGAGUAAAGAGUCGUUCAAGAGGUAUUCUCAUUUGAAAAAGUUGGCGUUUGUGGAUGGUGUAGGAACUUUGUAUAGAUUUCUGGAGAAUCUUCUAUUGGACAGACACGGACACAUCAAGCUUGCAGACUUUGGUCUUUGUAAAGAAGACAUCACAAAAGACACAACGACCAGCACCUUCUGUGGAACACCAGAAUAUCUAGCACCCGAGGAUUUAGAAGAAAGUGAUUACCGUCGAGCUGUUGACUGGUGGGGUGUGGGUGUGGUCAUGUAUGAGAUGAUUUGUGGUCGGCUGCCGUUUUAUAGCAGAGACCACGAAGUGUUGUUUGAGCUCAUUCUGACUGAAGCAAUCAAGUUUCCUCAACGAGCGUCUUCUUUGUCGAGAUCUUUGCUAGCUGGACUGCUUGAGAAGGAUCCAUGGAAAAAACUUGGUGGAGGUGACCGUGGUGCAUCUGAGAUUAUGGAGCAUGCCUUCUAUAGCAGCAUCAACUGGCAGGACAUCUACAAUCGCAAAGGUUCCUCCUCUGUUUAUAUCGAACGUGUCUGAGCAAGAAAUCGGUGACAAAUACAUUCCGGCCGAGUUCAAGUCGGAUACAGUAGCGAAUACACCAUCAGACCGUGCAGGUGCUCUGCAUGGUGGGGAAGGAGAGCCAUUUGAGCAGUUUACGUUUGUGGGUGACAAAGGCAAUCUGCACACAUGAUUUCGUUUGUAGGAUUUUUGUGGGAUAUCGUACAUUUCAAGUUGAUCGUGAUUGGAUAGGAGGAAUGAACUGUUGUAGGUUCAUGUUUUUAUUAUUCUUGUAUUGUCGUCUAUUAGCAGUGUACGUGAAGUAUUCAACACUAGAAUGUGUUGAGCAGUUAAAGUGUUUGACAGUGCGUCUGUAGAGCAGGAGCAUGUCACAAGGUUCAGUAGUUGGGUUGCAUGACUGACUGUUUUACGGGUUUGAGUUUGUCCACUGUAUGGUGGUGUUUGUUGCUGUUGUGACGAGCAUU